UGAUCACAUGUAAACAGGGAAAUGCCGGUUUUCAGCAUUUCUCUCCUCACAAGCUGGCACUGAUGAUCAGUGAGCCCUGAUGAUCAGUGUAGCCCCAGCAGUGCCACCUGUCAGUGUCCAUCAAUGCAAGCUGUUAGUGCUCAUCAGUGCCACCUGCCAGUGCCACAUCAAUGCCACAUAUCAGUGCUUACCAGUGCACAUCAAUGCCGCAUAUCAGUGCUCAUCUGAGCAGCCUUUCAGUGUCGCCUAUCAGUGCCAUCUAUCAAUGCCAGUCAGUGCCAUCUAUCAGUGCUGCCCAUCAGUGCCA